GGGGAUAUUCAAUGUGCUGAGAUUGGUCACUUGGGAGCACGUUUUUUUUUCGGCUUGUUAAGUUGGCAUUCAGUCUUUUUGUUUGUGCAGUGGUAGCAAAAUGUCUCUCGUAAUCCCCGAGAAGUUCCAGCACAUUCUUCGUAUCUUAGGUACGAACAUCGAUGGCAAACGCAAAGUCAUGUUUGCCCUUACAGCCAUCAAGGGCGUAGGCCGGCGGUACUCCAACAUAGUCCUCAAAAAAGCCGACGUCGACUUGGACAAGCGCGCCGGCGAGUGCUCUGAAGAAGAGGUCGAAAAAAUCGUCACCAUCAUGUCCAAUCCUCGCCAAUACAAAAUCCCCGACUGGUUCUUGAACAGGCAAAAGGACAUAAUUGACGGAAAAUACAACCAGCUGACUUCGGCCACGUUAGACUCAAAGUUGCGUGAAGAUUUAGAACGCAUGAAGAAAAUUAGGGCCCACAGGGGUAUGCGCCACUACUGGGGUCUGAGAGUGCGCGGUCAACACACCAAGACCACCGGACGUCGCGGACGCACCGUGGGUGUCUCCAAGAAGAAGUAAUUUAAUUAAUUUAAGAAAAUAAAUUGAUGGUUUUCAUA